UUUCCUAAAAUCGAAAACUGCCUCUUGGCGGAAAUCCUCUCCCUACGCCUUUGCCGCUGUCGAGACUCUUGAUUUUGGACCGUGGAGUUUCCAAAAACCCUUCCUCUAGUUUCUCUUCUCGAUCCUCAACCUUGCUUCAUCAACCAAGAGUUCGCCAUUGCCGACGGCUUCGAGCUCGGGGCGAUUUUUCAGUGGCGAAGAAAUCGAGAGAAAUGGCACCGAUCACAGUCGGCGACUCUAUCCCCGAGGGAACCCGGGCGUGGUCCGACCAGAACAAUCAGCUGCAGCAGCUCUCCAUCCAUUCCCUUGCCCAGGGGAAAAAGGUCAUUCUCUUCGGCGUCCCCAGCGCCUUCACCCCUACCAGCAGUAUGCAGCACGUGCCGGGUUUCAUCUCUAAACCAGAGGAGCUUAAAUCCAAGGGCGUUGAUGAGUCCUCCUUGUUAGCGAUAUUUUGUAGAUAUUUUGUGGAGGGGAAAGGCUUAAUCACAUAUGUACCAAGAUAUCACCACCUUUUGGAUUGCUGCACUAUAGCUGAGUAUUGGUGUUGAUAUGCUGCAUAUGCUUUAUGCUUGUGCCUUAGGGCGAUAGAAGCAGACAGAGAGUUUGGAUCGAAAACAUUAAACUAGCCUUCAAAAGGGUUGGUGGAAUAGUGUUUUGGGUUGGUGGAAUAACGUUUUUGGGUUGGUGGCACAAUGAAGUUUGGUUGGUGUUGAAUUCAAAGUCAAAAUAACAGACAUAAUGAUAACCGUCUGUAAGAAGAACAACCUCAUCAUGCUGAUAAAAUGAACAUUCAUCUAGGCAGAAGAGCGAUGCCUAGAGGAUGAAAUGGAGCAUCACGGAAAGAUAAGAAUAUAAAUAUUUGUAUGUUUAACCUGGAAAUCAUUAUUUGCAUGUUUAACUUUGAGUUUAUUGCAUACGUCAUGUAAGAUCACUUGAUUCCGUUCUUCUUCAGCUCUCACCUCUCAUUGCAUAUUAUUUCCUACAGCCCUACAGUAAGACUGUUACCGAGCUAUGCAUCUUUUGAUGCAACUUGAUACAUGGUCUUAUUUCCCUUUCUGAUAUAGAAGGGGUAGUAACCUUUGGGUACUAGAACAGCCUCUAUAUCUUAGCUCUUCUCAGCUAUAUGCUCUAAGGAAUUGAUGUGGGUCCACAAAAAUUGAAAGAUCAUGCAUCUGGCAUGAAGCCUUAAUGAAAAUUAUCUACAUCUUACUUGUAGCUUUGGUCUCAUAUAUGACACAUCCACUUCCAAAUAUAACCAUCAACAGUAUAAGGAUAUUAUAUCUAGAUGGCCAUCAACAUUUAUACAGAAUAAUGGUGUGAAUAUGCAAGCCACAUUCCUGGACCUAUUCAUUUGUUAGUAUCACUCUGCGUGGCCUAAGGCAUUUUAAUAGGCAAAAUAUAUGAUUCAUCUUCAGCUACUAGAAUGUUAAUUCGCCAGACAUAAUUUCAAGGAUAAAUUACUUUGUUUGGAUGUGAUAGACAAUAGUUUCUCCCAAUUCAGAUUAAUUCUUACCAUUAUCGAAUGGAGAGAUGCCUUGAGUGCCAGGAGGAGGUAAAUCUUGCUAGGCACUAGGAAAAUCUCUAAGGAGUAUCCACUGAAAGCUCUUACCAUUCUUCUUGAGGAUAGGAUGUGCUUUGCAUUAAAGAUGCUUUGGGAAUCUUCAUCGUGAGAAAAAAGGUAAAGCAAAAAGAGAGGAAAAUACACUGGAUACAGAAUUGGAAAAACCAUCACCAAAUCUCACUUGUUGAUUCAAGCAAAGAUACCAAUAAGAGAAAAAUCUCCUUAGAGAUCGUCUUGAUUUGUCAGCAUGCUCAUUUGAUGAACCUUCCACGAGUGUGGCGCACUCUUACUUAGAUGAUUCAUGUGAAAAUCUUAUAUACCAAGAGCUCUUAGCUUCGGCCCUUAGUUUUAUCAUGUACUAGUUUUCUAGCAUUUAUGGGUUUAGGUCGACAGGGAACCUUCAAAACGUGAGUAACUGAUUCAAACCAAUGAAUUCAAGUAAGGAUUAAAUCAGAUAACUGGUUGGCCAUCUUGACCAGGUAGCUCAAAAUCUCAUCAUUGCUGUGUGGACCAUCAUCGUCAUCAUUAUCCGUUAUAAUACUUGGUGAAGUAUGUAAUGAGUUCUUCUAUGAUUGUUAGUUUGAGUCUCAUCUCAUAGCAUGUAUAAUCAUUACUCUCAUCAUAUACAACAGUCAAUCUAACCUUAAAGAACUUAGUCUGGGGUCCAUUCACAGCAGAACUAUUUCCACACGAUAUCAGUGCUUCUCUUUCUUACUUAGUUGUCAAAUCUCUUGCAUUCUAAGCUCAUCUUCAGCACAGUGCUGUCAGUAUCCUUAACUGUCUGGACAGUUCAAUAGAAUCUUUUUUAUCGUCCUUGAAUGAAAUGGACUGUUGGUUGGAUCUUAACCUUGCAAGGAACAGUCGACAGGGAUAAAUCAAAAUGGAUAAACAGCAAGUCUUUUCUCCAACUCCAGCAGCAAAUAGAUGCACACUGGAUAUUUACUUUGUUUUUUGCUUUUUUCCUUAAAAAAAAAUCCUUGCUUUUGUUAGGAAUAAUGAAAUACGUGUGGACCAUCUAAUCGAGUUUGUCAGGUAAAUAUUAUGAGAGUUCGGGUCAGUGUGAUCAUAGAGCCUAAUUUUAGCUUUCAGAGAUGAUUUUUAUUUUUGACCUGUCUAUACAAUAAAAUCUUUCUUGAUCGCUACGGAUGUUGACAGUUAGAUUGAGAGUUAGGUUCAGCAACCAUGCGAAUCUGUGAUCAUAUUUAAACCCAAGGAUUCAACCUUUCCACUUCGCUCUUAAUAGAGUGAUGCCCACUUUGCAUUCGCAGGAUCCUUUGACAGACAAAUAGAAAUUUAUUAUUGAUCCUACACAGUGGUAUUUAGUUAUAACUUAUAAGUAUAUUUAAAGUAUAUACUCAGUAUUAGCAGGUGCUUUUAGGUGUCUGAAAUUUGAAUUUUCUAGCUAAUGUAUCUUGAGGUCUCUUUAUAUUGGUUCAAGGUUUCAAUUUAGGGCACUCGUCUUAGGAUGUUAGCCAAUGCUACCAAGCAAGUAACCGGCUGUAUUGACCUCGUGAUGUUUAUCUGGAGAUAUGUUUUGGCAUUUUACACCGCACAGUUCUGUGUUAGAAUUUAGUUGGAAAGUUUUGUGCAAUGCUAAUUGUACUGCUAGUUUGGUACCACCUUGGUAUUAGUAUUUCGCUUUAUGAGUUAUUGACUUUCGAUAGAAUUCCAAGGAAACAAAAAACCCAAAGAGGACACACGAUGCCUUGCCUCCUCCUGCUUCGUCCCAUUAAUUCUGGUCUGAGAAGCACUCUAGUAAAAGAGAACGUCCACGGGAUGUUUAUCUUGUGUCAAUACUCAAAUAAAAAACAUUUUUUGUAUCUCCCCUAAGUUUUUUUUCCGUCGUAGUUUCUCACUGUUGUACUUGGCCCACCAAAUCAUCAAGAGGUCCUCUCAUCUUCUGCCUAAAAGUCACCCUUUCUUAUAAACAUGUGCUCCUAAUUACCUCAGUAUGCCACUUGAAAACUUGUUUGAUACUGAAGCCACGCUCAAAUAUGGAAAGUUGCAAUUAAAAUAAGACCAAAAACCUCACGGCAUCCCAUGCUGAUAUUGUGGGUCCUGUAGAUGCCUUGCCAUUAGCUACCUACAAAGGGAUCCAAACCUUAUCACAGACACAAGGGAUAAUACUUUGCCUGCCAAAUUUAUUCCCAAAACCAAUAAGAACUUCUUUUAUCUUCCUGCACAAUCACAAGGAAUUCAGAGAUUAUCCACCCUCUCGCCUCAAUGUUGACUGAACAGCCCACUGACGGUGUAAAGAGGGACGGAUGAACCAAGGUCACUUUCGAAGUAAUGACCAGAAGGGCAUUUUUGUCAGAGUCAAAAUAUCUGAGGAACAUUCUAUUUUCCAUCCCUUCCAAUUAGAAAUUCGCAAUGCAGGUACCAUUUCUCCUCCCAUAUAAAUAGAACCUCCAGAGUUCAAGUCUCUACAUCCGACAGCCUUCCUUACUCUAUUACCUUCUGCAAUCUUGCUCACCUUCCCGCUCCUCUCAAGCCUUUCCCUCAAACUCCCUUGGUUCUAAGCACUUAACAGACAUUUACGCGUUAGCGCUGUAUCAGGACUUUAGCACUACAUUUCGUUCCAACUCCCUAUACAUCCACAUUGUACGUUUUAGACUUUAUUUACUUGCUGAGAUGGACAGAGUGACGAGGUUGGCCUCACAAAGAGCGGUAGUGAUCUUUAGUUUGAGCUCUUGCUGCAUGUGUCACUCGGUCAAGAGUCUCUUCUGCGAGCUGGGAGUGAAUCCUGCGAUCAUCGAUCUCGAUGAGGACUCCAAAGGAAAGGAGAUGGAGCAGGCACUUGCUAAGCUUACUGGUCGAAACCCCGCUGUGCCUGUUGUGUUCAUUGGUGGAAAGCUUGUGGGGCCCACUGAUAAGGUCAUGUCUCUACACCUUGAAGGCAAUCUCCUUCCCCUUCUUAGGGACGCAGGAGCUAUCUGGCUCUAAUACCUCGUUAUAAAAUAUCGCGGCGAAGUUCUACAACAAAGAGGAGUUUUUUUUUUCUUUUGUUGCAUGUAAGGUAUGGGUAAAAUUGUAAAAAUAAACAGUAGAGUAACUAGUUCUGUAGAGGAGCUAAUGUUACUUUUGUUAUGGUUUAUGGUCUUUCUCCUCUUUCGUGAAGUAAAUCAAGAGUGGUGUUGUUCUCUCUCUCUCAAUAUGUACAUUUUGUUUUGAAUCAAUGCUUUUGAAAUGGUUAGUAAGGUUUUUACUA